AUGGUGGAAAAUGGAGAACAAAUUCGAAGUCCCGUAAUCCGAAAGAAAUCGCCUUUGAUGGAAUCAAAUAGCCAAAACAUGGCUUCUCUUAUCAGUCCUAGGUUCAAAUCUGCUGCUGCUAUGGCUGGUUGGGACGAAGAAGCACUUUUGCUUGCAGCUCUCAUUGUUGAAGAUACCCCAGAUCGAGAUUCCAAACAAAAGAAACGUCUUGUUUUGAGUUCCAAAUCGCCGCUAUCCAAUUCAUCAAGGAAACGUAGAGCUCUGAGGAAUCCACAACCUAUUGUUCUUGAUCUUGAUGAAGAAGAAACCUCCAAAAAGGAUAGUGGGAAGAAGAAGAGAGAAAAGAAGAAUUGUGUCGGCGAAGAAAGUAAGGUUGGAGAAAAGGAAUUGACUAAGAAAGGAUCUGAUGUUGAUUCGAAUAGUUCUGGUCUUCCUUGUAUGGAUAAGCUAAGGGAGGAGCUUUCAUGUGCAAUUUGUUUGGAGAUAUGCUUUGAGCCAAGUACCACUCCUUGUGGUCAUAGCUUUUGUAGAAAAUGUCUGAAGUCUGCUGCAGACAAGUGUGGCAAAAAGUGUCCCAAAUGCAGGCAAUUGAUAAGCAAUGGUCGAUCAUGCACGGUGAACACAGUUCUCUGGAACACGAUUCAACUUCUAUUUCCUCAAGAAAUUGAAGCAAGGAAAGUUGCUGCUAGCGCCAUAAAUAAUAGACAAGCUGUUCAGAAUCCAAUUCCAGAAACAACAUUUUAUACUAGCACAAGGAAUAGAAGUUUACAACCAUAUCCAUACAGUAGGGGUAUGAAUUCAAGGAGAAAUGAGGCGGUGACAACACAGGAUGAAGAGGAUGCUGCAUUGGCCAGAAGGCUACAAAGAGAGAUAGAUAGAGAAAACAACAACAGGAGAACUUCAGCAUUAUCAUCAAUUGUAAGAGCAAGGUCAAGAAGAGGGGUUUCUAACCAAGAUGAAGAUGCUGCUUUUGCUCUAAGGUUGCAAAGAAAUGAGUUUAUGCAAGCUUUUAGAAAUAGCAGCCAGGAACCGUCAUCUUCUUCUUCCUCCACAUUAUUAGCUGGACCAAAUUUGAGGGCUAUGGCAACUAGAGCCAUGAAUCUUCGUAAUAGAGAUAGAAGGGUAUAA